CAUCCCCAAUGUGUGUGUGCGCCGCAAAAAACAAAACGCAUAUUGUACGGGCACGGUGCGGGCACACAUAGCGAAGGCGAACCCCCGAGUAUUUCUAAAUUGGCUGUGCUAUCCAACGACAAAUCAGUGAAUUAGUUUGCCAAAUAAAAAUACACAACAAUACCGUAUUGGAAAUGUCCUGAAAGUGCGGAUCGGUUUUUUUGUUUUGUGCUAGUGUGCGUUUCGUGUGUCUGUGUGUCGCCGUCUCGUGUAUGGUGCUAAAAUUUACACAUACCCACCUACACACAUACACACGCAAAUAUCUACAAUACAUACAUACUGACGUAUACAUUCGCGACGCAUCACCGGCACAACAACAACAACAACAAUAACAGUAUCAGCAACAACAAUUAUUACUGUGAGUUGGGCGCAGAGUGCCCUGUUGUUGCACAGCGCCAGAGCCAAAACAAAGCAACAACAAAUAGCUCAUACGCACACACGCAUACAAACAAACAUCUGCACAGCUGCUUACGCACAUAAAUAAACAGCACACAGCGCAUAAAUAUAUACAUACGCAUAUUGCAUUUGCAUUAUUCAACAUAACAACUAACCAAAAAAUACCAAAACACAUACACACACACACACACACCACAACAAAUAACCAAUCAAUGGCAGAUUUAAUGCGUUUGGGUAAUGUGGACGUUGUCAUACAGAAAGAUAAACUUGGCUCGCCAACGGGCGGCUCCGAUGACGGCAACCUAGCGGCAUUGGGCGGUAUAACGGGUCUCGGCGCCAUGAUGGCCGCUGGUGGUAUUGAUUUGGCCGAUCUGGCACAGGAAUUGGAUCAGGACGAAUUCGAUGGGCCGCACAUGUUAAAUGGCGAACGUCCGGCGAUAAUUGCGCCCCCGGAGAGCGAAUGGUAUCACGGAAGACUCGAUCGCUAUUCGGCGGAGGCGCGUCUUCGUGGCAGCGGCAAAUUGGGCAGCUAUCUGGUGCGCGAAAGUGAUCGCAAGCCCGGCUCGUAUGUGCUCAGCUAUUAUGGACGCACUGGCAUCAAUCAUUUCCGCAUUACGGCCGUUUGCGGCGACUUUUACAUUGGCGGACGUCAGUUCAUUUCCUUAAGCGAUCUCGUUGGCUAUUACACAUCGUGCAGCGAUCUGCUGAAGCGCGAACGUCUGGUCAUACCCGUCGCCCCGCCGGAGCCGGUCAAUGAUAAGAAGCGCGUUGUGGCCAUUUUGCCGUAUACGAAAAUGCCGGAAACGGAUGAGCUGAGCUUCCAGAAGGGCGACAUAUUCUUUGUGCACAACGACAUGGGCGAUGGCUGGCUCUGGGUGACGGCGCAUCGCACCGGCGAGCAGGGCAUGAUAUUCCGUGAACUAGUCGACGAUCUGGAUGUCUCCAUUGAUCCCAAUACGGUGUUUCCCUGGUUCCAUCCGAAUUGCACCAAGAACGAGGCGGUCGAUAUGCUGGUUAAGGCUGGUCCUGGCAGCUUUCUGGUGCGUCCCAGCGACAAUUCGCCCGGUGACUACUCGCUCUUCUUUCACAUCAACAAUCAGAUUCAGAGAUUUCGGAUUGAGAAGAAGGGCGUACGCUAUCUGAUGGGCGGCCGGACAUUCGAAUGCCUCGACGCGGUGAUCAAUCGUUAUCGGAAGGAGCAAAUUGUCGAGGGCCAUUCCCUGAACCAUCCCGUCGUGAACGGCUCACAGCCGGAGUUCAAUCAGCAAUAUGUGGUAGAGAAGGCGGCCGAAAAGAUAUACGCAACGCUGCGCGAAUGCCGCGAUCAGAUCGGGCUCAAGAAGAUCAAGGGCAUCAAGCAUCAUGGCCAUCUCAAUAAGAAGUCGGACAAGACAACCAAAUGGAAGCAGCUGUACUUUGCGCUGAUCAACGACGGCACCGAGACCCAGCUGUGCUUCUAUGACAAUCCCAAAAAGACUAAGCCCAAGGGCCUAAUCGAUUUGUCGUGCGCGUAUCUGUAUCAGUGCCAUGAUUCGCUCUGGGAGCGACCCUAUUGCUUUCAAAUUGUCGAGCGUGCGCUGCCCUGCCUGGCCACAGUCACCUAUCUGUGCGCGCCCAGCCAGGAGAGCUAUGUGGAAUGGAUAAAUGCGCUGAAGGCGCAAUGCGAUUCCCAGCUGAGCCGUGCCCAGAAGAAGGUGUCGCGUCUGCGUGAGCUGCGUUGCCUCAAUCUGCAUGUGCUGGAGGCGCAUCGAUUGCCCUUCAAACUGGUGCCACAUCCCUAUUGCAGUAUUUCGCUCAAUCAGGUCAAGGUGGGCAAGACGCGUGUCAAGAUUGCGCCCGAGCCCGUCUGGGAGGAGGAGUUUGUGCUCGACGAUGUGCCGCCCGAUGUUGUAUCCCUGACCAUAACGGUGGUGUCGCGCGGCAAGCGCGGCAAGGACUCGGAGGUGGCCGAGCUGACCAUCGAUUUGGCCAGCCUGAAGAACGGCCAGGAGACUGAGGACUGGUACAAGCUGACGGGCAUGACACCGAUGGGCGAAUGGGGCUCGCUGCGGCUGCGCAUGCGCUAUCUGGACGAUCUGAUAAUGCCCUGCGAGGAAUAUAGCCCACUGCAACAGCUGCUGCUCGAGCCGGAGCUGUAUGCGGUCAAGGCGCUCGCCGAGCUCUGUCACAACGAUCGGGUGCCGUUGGCGACGGCGCUGUUGCGCGUCUUUCGGCACGAGAAACGCGAAACGGAAUUGAUACGCAUCCUCUGCCAGGCCGAGGUGGCGCGCGAAAACGAAACAACAACCUUAUUUCGCGGCGCCUCGCUGGCGACCACACUGAUGGAUUUGUAUAUGCGCACCGAGUGCAGCGGAUUUCUGCAGUCGGCGGUUAGCGAGACCGUGCAGCGGAUACUCGAGAGCAAACAGUCGGCGGAGCUGAAUCCAACCAAAAUGGAUGUCAACGAUGAUGCGUGCACAAAUGCUGAAUUCCUGCUGCAGAUACUCGAUCUGGUCACCCAAUCGAUAUUCACAUCGCCGGACGCCUGUCCGCGCAACGUACGCUACAUAUGCAAUUGCCUGCAGAAGGCCGUUGUGGCCAAAUGGCCAACGGAACGCCUGGUGCGCACACGUGUCGUCUCUGGUUUUAUAUUCCUGCGUCUGCUCUGCCCGUCGCUGCUCAAUCCCCGGCAAUUUGGCCUGGUCAGCGAGACACCGCCAACGGCGGCCACGCGCUCCCUCAUCAUGGUGGCCAAGUGCCUGCAGAAUCUGGCCAAUCUCAUUGAAUUUGGCGGCAAGGAACAAUAUAUGGAGGUGGUCAAUCCGUUUAUACUCAAGAAUAAGGAACGCAUGAUUGUCUUCUUGGAUCAGCUGUCGCUGGUCAGCGAUCCCAAUCCGCCGCUGGGCAUGUUUGUCGAGCAGAAUCCCAAUCACAAUGCACAGGAUACGGGCCGUGAGUUAGCCACAUUGCAUCACAUCUGCGUAUCGUAUUUGCCAGAGCUGCAGGAACUAUCGAAUAUUUUAUCGAUCAAGAAACUGGUCACCGUGACCGAUAUGCUGACCAAGCACAAAUUGAAAUACCGCGAGAUGAUCAGCUAAGAUGAACAAACAAACGAUGAUAAGAGCAACAGCCAUCAGUCAGUUUAUCUAUAUAUAUAUAUAUAUAUAUAUAUAUAUAGCAUAUACAUUUUUAUAUAGAUAUUUACAUGCAUAUAUAUAUAUAUAGUAUAUACACAGUUGAAAGCCCAAAAAGAAUGGAAAAUGAAGAAAAACCAUCAAAUAUAUAUAGAGUGCAUAAAUUGUGAGAAUAGUUCCAAGUAGUUUAGUCAAGCUUUUCUCGCGCCAUUUUUUGGGUUGUACUUGAUAACAUUUUACUUUAUAUGUUCUCUUCCAAAUCUUUCAAAUAUUAUUAUUAAAUUAUAUAUAUACAUAUAUACGAUUUAGAUGAUAUAUGUACAUCUCUCUCUCUCUCUCUAUAUAUAUACAUAUAUAUAGAAAUUAGCGUAUAUGGAGUAUGUCGUUUUUUUAUUUUUAUACAAACGAAAAAUCUAUUAUACAUUAUUAUGAAAGCAGCUAAAACAAAAUACUUUAGUAAUUAGCCAGGUCAAAAUGUGUUCAACAAUGGGAUAAACCAUAAAAGAAAGCAAAACAAACAAAAAAAAAAAACGAACAACAACAAAAGUAUUUAUACAUUUUUUUUCGGAAA